AUGGCGUUGAUGGUGCAGCAGCAGCUCUGUUGCGUGGCGUUCGUCGCGACGGCGUUCCUGAUGCUGCUAACCGGCCGGGGAAACGGCAAAUCCAUCCGCCUCUCGGCCAAGAUCAACAACAAGCGCAAGAGGCAAGCUGAGGAAUCCUCGAAACAGACCGAGGCGGCUGCUGGCAAUGCAGACGGUCCGAGUAACAAGAAAAGCAAGAAGGGCAAAUCCAAGCCAAAGAAGGGUGGGAAAGACAAGAAGGAUAAGCCCCAGCAAGAUGCAUCGGAGAAGGAGCAGAGAGACACCAAGCAAACCGAGACCAAAGGCGGUUCUAAGCGCCACAAUAAGGAGCUGACUGCAGUCGAAUUGAGUGAUCUUAGUGUUCCGGAAUCAUCAUUCCUCGACACAUCAUCGUUUGACUCGGCCAGACAACUGGAGAAGCUACCAGCUUUUUUGAAGGCUUUCAGCCCUAAAGGAUCCGAUCUCUCGAGGCCGUCAGAGGAGAAAGGCACACCGCACACCCUGGUUGUCUCUCCAUCUGGACUCCGAGCAGCUGAUGCAGUGAGAGCCCUCCGUACAUUCCAAACCAAGGAAUCUCCAAUUGGUAAGCUGUUUGCAAAGCAUAUCAAGCUGGAAGAAGCCAAGAAGUUUCUGGAGCGAUCACGCAUUGCCAUUGGAGGCGGAACACCCGCUCGUAUCUCCGACCUGAUCGAUGCUGGCUCCCUCAAACUUGGCGAACUACAGCGUAUCGUGAUUGACGGAUCCUAUGUUGAUCAGAAACAGCGUGGUAUCUUCGACAUGAAAGAAACCCAUCUUCCACUUUUGAAGUUGCUCACGCGGCCCGAGUUUCGUGAACGGUAUGGGGCGGAGGAGAAGCGGAUCCACAUCCUCGUCUUUUAG